AUGCUAGCAGCACAAAACGUCGUUCUCUCACUCGUCUCCUUAUGUCUCAUCGUCACUACUUAUUCUGAUGUCUCAGACGACAUCACGAACGGAUCUCUUUGGUGUACACGCGGUCAUUAUCCUGGCCUUUUCUGUCAUGCUACUAACGCCAUUCUCAAUCACACCAGCAGAACGUUUGUCGUCUCAACAUCCGACUCUCUGCCUCAAGAAAGCGAGCAAACAUUUCGCGUGUGGCCAGUGGUUGCUACUCCGCUGACACGCCCACCUGUCUGUGACCGGAAGUUCAAAGAAUCCAUUCUUUUCACGUUUUUCUAUUGGUUUGGACAUUCGAACUACUUCCAUCUUCAUUAUGAUACGUUACUACCCGUCUAUUCGUAUCUACGAGAGAAGAGAGUAGGAAGUAAUGGAGCAAUUGAUGUCACUCUCAUGCCAACUGUAGAGACAUCCAGACUAAACGUGAUGGACUGGGAUACUGAUGCAUUCCAUGACAAGAAUUCGGGAAAAUAUUUUGUUCUUGUGCACAAGGCACUGGCUGGUGAUGAAUUUGAUCUUGUACCUGCUGACUCUCGUUUAUUUGAGAAAAAUCCAACAGGAUUUACGUGCUUUGAAACAGUGCAUUUUGGGGCUCCUCGUGUUUCAUUUCCUGACAUGACUUUGGUGAACGACUUUACAAAUCUAAUACGAAAACGAUUUGGGCUCACACAGUCCUCUCUCCCUAAAUCUCGACGAGUUGGUCUUAUCACAAGAACCACACGACGUCGAGUACUGAAUGAGAAGGAACUCAUUGACGCAAUAAAACCGAUGGUAGAAGCUGAACAGAUAGAAUUUACUGGAAUGACAUACGAGCAACAGGUGAAUGCAGUCCAACGUUUCACUGUCCUAGUUGGUAUGAAUGGUGCCGGUCUCAUGAAUGCAAUUUAUCUACCCGAAGGUGCCGUCGCUGUCCAAUUGGCACCAUUCAAUGCCACUCAACUCAACAUUGAUGAAUUUGGUCGUGUCCUCAAGUCCCGGGGUCCAUACCUUGAAUGGAGAAACAGUCAUCCUGAACUGAACCACUGCAACAGGGAACGUGAUCCUUACAACAGCCAGGCAGAUACUGUAGUUAAAGUCGACGAGUUCAAAGACAUCAUACAAGAAGCUCUUAACAUUGGAAUCAAUAGGAAGUUGCACGAAGAGUUGUAGCAGAGUUUAAUGAAUUCGUGUUGAGUACUCACACUCACACAUAUACACGUGUACAGUUGCUGUUUGGCCAUUUUUCAAAUUCGACAUUCCCAUAGUGCUACUCAGUACCAGAUCUCUAUAUUAGCUUCUGCUAUACAUACCAAAACAAA